ACAGCUUUAUUUAUCAACUAAUCAGAGCAACACACACUCACAGCAUACAGAAUGACAUCCCACAGCAGGAGCCUUUCUGUGUGUCCCAAUUCUUGAUUAACAGUGAGUCCGUCUAUUAAUCUAUUAAUUAAUCUAUUAAUACAUGUGUGGCCAACUCUUCUCUCAGAUAUAAAUUGCCUUUAUUACAGACUUCACCUAUCUUUUCUGCUGAGUUCAUUUAUCUUACCAAUUUGUAGAACUAGACAAGAGUCUAUGGUGUGCUGUGUAUGCCGUGUACAUUUUUGGCCUGUAUCUUCAUUUUCAUGGCGUGCCUAGGAUAUAUGAUCUGUCACUGCAGCCCUGGUUCGGGAUGGAGGACACAUCUGAGGGAGAAGGCAGCCAAGAUGAAAACAGAUAAAGAUGAGCAGUGGACACAGGGAUUCUGCCCUCCAUCUGUCUACAGGGUCAAAGUCAUGGUGAGGCAGUGGUCAAAGUGAAGACAAAAGGUUUGUCCCUUGCUCAUGGGUGACCCUGGACACUGUCUAAGCUCUCAGAGGCUCUGUUUCUUCUUCAGAAAGGGGGAAAUAAUGAGAAUCACUUCACAGAUAAUGAUUCUGUGGAACCAGCUUCCUUUGUGAUUUGCACUUAAUCUUUAAACAGUGGCCACUCACUGUGUGACUCCGAUGGAAUCAUCUACAUAGGCACCGUUGAUGUGAGCUGAUUUGGAGAGACUGUGAGGGUAUAACGAUGUCAUUUUAACACAUUAUCCACUUCUCAGAAUGGGCCAACAGUUGCCCUCAAGAACUCUCCUGAGUUUGGAAUCUGGAAUGUUCUGGAGAGCUGAGGGCCUCCUGGUCCAUGAUAUGCAAAUGAGGACACAGGGGUUGGGCGAGGGUAUUAGUACAAAGUCCCGAGGACAGCCACAGUGAGCUACUACAGAGGGUGAAGAGUAUUCUCCUUAACAUGGCUGCGGGAAAAAAGGAACUUUUGAUGUUGGAAAACUUCAUAGGUGGACAGUUUUUACCCUGUAACUCAUAUAUAGAUUCGUACGAUCCGUCAACAGGAGAAGUCUAUUGCAAAGUACCAAAUAGUGGAAAAGAAGAGAUUGAAGCUGCGGUGGAGGCCGCCAGAGAGGCCUUCCCUGCCUGGUCGUCCCGGAGCCCCCAGGAACGUUCUCUGGUCCUGAACCGACUGGCUGAUUUGGUGGAGCAGUCCCUGGAGGAGUUAGCCCAGGCUGAAUCUAAAGACCAAGGGAAAACCCUCACACUGGCCAGGACCAUGGACAUUCCUCGGGCUGCUCAGAACUUCCGGUUCUUUGCUUCCUCCAUCCUGCACCACGUGACGGAGUGCACACAAAUGGACCACCUGAGCUGCAUGCACUACACGGUUCGCACCCCCGUGGGAAUUGCUGGUUUGAUCAGCCCUUGGAAUUUGCCACUUUACCUGCUGACCUGGAAGAUCGCUCCGGCCAUCGCUGCUGGGAAUACUGUGAUAGCCAAGCCCAGCGAACUGACGUCUGUGACUGCGUGGAUGUUGUGUAAACUCUUGGAUAAAGCAGGUGUUCCACCAGGUGUGAUCAACAUUGUGUUUGGAACCGGGCCCAGGGUUGGUGAGGCCCUGGUGUCCCACCCAGAGGUACCCCUGAUUUCCUUCACUGGGAGCCAGCCCACAGCUGAGCGGAUUACCCAGCUAAGUGCCCCCCACUGCAAGAAGCUCUCCCUGGAGCUGGGAGGCAAGAAUCCUGCCAUCAUCUUUGAGGAUGCCAAUCUGGAGGAGUGUAUCCCAGCAACCGUUAGGUCCAGCUUUGCUAACCAGGGGGAGAUCUGCCUCUGUACCAGCAGGAUCUUUGUCCAGAGGAGCAUCUAUAGUGAAUUUCUCAAGAAGUUUGUAGAAGCUUCCAGGAAGUGGAAAGUUGGAAUACCUUCUGACCCGUCAGCCAACAUGGGUGCUUUGAUAAGUAAAGCACAUUUGGAGAAAGUCAGAAGUUAUGUAAUGAAAGCUCGUGCUGAGGGGGCCCAGAUUCUGUGUGGUGAGGGUGUGGAUCAGCUGAGUCUUCCCCUCAGGAACCAGGCGGGCUACUUCAUGCUUCCCACGGUGAUAACGGAUAUUAAGGAUGAGUCCUGCUGCAUGAAGGAAGAGAUAUUUGGUCCCGUGACGUGUGUGGUCCCUUUUGACAGCGAAGAGGAAGUGAUUAAAAGAGCUAACAGUGUUAAGUAUGGGCUGGCAGCCACAGUAUGGUCAAACAAUGUGGGGCGCACCCACAGGGUGGCUAAGAAGCUCCAGUCGGGUUUGGUCUGGACCAAUUGCUGGCUCAUCAGGGAGCUGAACCUGCCCUUCGGAGGGAUGAAGAGCUCUGGAAUCGGAAGAGAAGGAGCCAAGGACUCAUACGACUUCUUCACCGAAAUAAAAACCAUCACUGUUAAGCACUGAUUUUCCUCUGUGGAGAAGCUGCUGUGGCCGAUGCCUGACCGCAGAGAAUCAUGGGUGCGCUGCUGUGAACAGAAAUCCCAGUCUGGACUUGCCAGGAGACUAGCUCUUGCUGACCUUCACUAGUUGGUAUUUUUACCAGCUUGUGAAAAAGAAAAUGCAGUUUUUAAUGUGGAAUGAGAAGAAGACGUCUAAAGAGGAGACACAGCAAAGCCAAGCCGCCAACAGUCUCCCUGACCCUCAUGUCACGCCUUCAGAGAUGUCAUCGUUUGGUUGAAUUCUUGAAAAGCUGCCCAAAUCACAUAGUUUCAUUUACAAAUAUAUGGCAAAAACAAAGGCCUAUGGAGAUAGAGAGAGGACCAGGGAGUUGGCUCAGUGGGUAAAGGGCUUGCUGUAUAAACAUGAGUAUCUGAGUUCAGAUCCCCAGCAGGGUAAAAGCCUGACAUGGUAGCACACACCACACACAUGUGUACACGUACACACACACACACACACACACACCACCACCACCACCACCACCACCAUCACCUUCAACAACAACAAACUUGAAGAGAAUCAGCCCGCCAUCAUUUUCUACCUUGGAGAAGCUGUGGAGAUGGUCUCCCUCAACCCCUAGCCACUAGCAAACUGAUUGACGAUUGGCUGACCCCAUUAAUAUCAGGAAGUGAUGGUGUCACACAUGAUAGGUCUUACUACAUACAUCUGAUAAGGGCUGGGGGCAUGGCUCAGAGGUUAAGAGCACUGCCUGUUCUUCCAGAGGUCCUGAGUUCAAUUCUCAGCAACCACAUGGUGGCUCACAACUACCUGUAAUGAGAUCGGGUGCCCUCUUCUGGCCUGCAGGCAUGCAUGCAGACAGAAUACUGUAUACAUAAUAAAUAAAUAAACAUUUAAAAAAAUACGUCUGAUAAGAAUAAAGGAAAACAAAGCAAUGAUUUCUUUUUAGAGGAAACGUGGGACACAAAAGAUAGUUUGAUCCAUUUUCACUGUCAAGUCCAACCAACUCUAAUUCUUCAA